UCGCCACGAUCCCGACAGCCCUAGCGGCUAGAAGGGUUACGUGAGGGUGGGCGGCGGAGCUGGAGGCUUAACUUUGUUGCUCUCUUCAUCUCUAUGGUUUUCCGAGGUGCGCGGCUUUGACGGAGAAGCAGCUGAAGCUCCGCUGUAGACGGGAUGUUUCGUCUUAACUCACUUUCUGCAUUGGCAGAACUGGCAGUAGUGGGCUCUCGCUGGUACCAUGGAGGAUCACAGCCUACCCAGAUGAGGCGGCGGCUAAUGGUGGUGGCUUUUCUUGGUGCAUCUGCAGUAACUGCAAGUACUGGUCUCUUGUGGAAGAGGGCCCUUGCAGAAUCUCCACCAUCUGUAAACAACCUGAAGAGUGAACUUGGUGACAAAGGGAAGAGUAAGGAUGAAGGGGAAGAUUGUAAUGAUGAAAAAAAGGCUGCAGGUACUUGUCUUGAGCCAUAUCCAGAAGAGAAAAAGAAGAAACGCUCUGGAUUCAGAGACCGAAAAGUGAUGGAAUAUGAGAAUAGGAUUCGCGCAUAUUCUACACCAGACAAAAUCUUCCGGUAUUUUGCCACCUUAAAAGUAAUCAGUGAACAUGGUGAAUCUGAAGUUUUUAUGACACCACAAGACUUUGUGCGAUCCAUAACACCUAAUGAAAAACAACCAGAACACUUGGGUCUGGAUCAAUUUAUAAUAAAACGUUUUGAUGGAAAGGAUUUCUGGCAGACCGAGAAAAUUGCCCAGGAACGAGAAAAAUUUGCUGACGAAGGCAGUAUAUUUUACACCCUUGGAGAAUGUGGACUCAUAUCCUUUUCAGACUAUAUUUUCCUAACAACUGUCCUUUCUACUCCUCAGAGAAAUUUUGAGAUUGCCUUCAAGAUGUUUGACUUGAAUGGAGAUGGAGAAGUAGACAUGGAGGAAUUUGAACAGGUUCAAAGCAUCAUUCGCUCCCAAACCAGCAUGGGAAUGCGUCACAGAGAUCGUUCUACUACUGGUAACACCCUCAAGUCUGGCUUGUGUUCAGCCCUCACAACCUACUUUUUUGGACCUGAUCUCAAGGGGAAGCUGACAAUCAAAAACUUCCUUGAAUUUCAGCGUAAACUUCAGCACGAUGUUCUGAAGCUAGAGUUUGAACGCCACGACCCGGUGGAUGGGAGAAUCACUGAGAGGCAGUUUGGUGGCAUGCUGCUGGCCUACAGUGGGGUGCAGUCCAAGAAGCUGACUGCCAUGCAGAAGCAGCUCAAGAAGCACUUCAAAGAGGGAAAGGGUCUGACGUUUCAGGAAGUGGAGAACUUCUUUACCUUCCUAAAGAAUAUUAAUGAUGUAGACACUGCAUUGAGCUUUUACCAUAUGGCUGGGGCAUCUCUAGAUAAAGUCUUUUUGAGGACAUGUCUUCAUCCUGGUGCCGUUAAGAUGCCACCGAUCCUGUUGCGUCACAGCAGAAAUGCCUAUGUGACCAUGCAGCAGGUGGCCAGGACCGUGGCUAAAGUGGAACUCUCAGACCACGUGUGCGAUGUGGUAUUUGCACUCUUUGACUGUGAUGGCAAUGGAGAGCUGAGCAAUAAGGAAUUUGUCUCCAUCAUGAAGCAACGGCUGAUGAGAGGCCUGGAGAAGCCCAAAGACAUGGGCUUCACCCGCCUCAUGCAGGCCAUGUGGAAAUGCGCACAGGAAACGGCCUGGGACUUCACUUUGCCCAAACAGUAACCCCACACUGCCCAGGGGGCCACCUCUCCACCCCCAAGCCGAGCCUUGGCACAGCCUUCCCUGCCGCUCCUUCUGGAAGUAGUGCUCCUCCCUCCGGGGGAUGAUCUCAGGAUUCCUCGGGUUGCCCCGGUCCCAGUGUUCUGCUAGGCUCUCAUUCCGAACCAGUGAUUCUCCCUGUAAGUGUUCAGAAACAUGAGCAAGUCCUGAAAGCGCAGGCCUUCGGCACGUUCAACAGCUCCACCCAUUCAAGCACCCACCCUACGGAUAAGGCAUGCAGGGAACUCUCCACUAACUGCCAGGCCUGGGAGACACCCAGGGCUGGAGUCAUUGUGCUGUGGAUUUAUGUUAACAAGAACAUUCCUUGCUUCUCCUCUUGCUGGUGUUUUUUAAGCUACAAGUUGGGAGAACUUCUGGCAGGCAAAAGGAAAUCACGGCUGAACGACAACAAAGAUGACCUGAGCACGGGAGCUGUUGGGAGGCCUGGGCCAGAUGAAGGAUUCGUGUCAGUCCCCAGGGUAGCUCUGAGGCCUGGCCCGGAAGGCGAUGUGCACGGUGGGAAUGGAGCAAGAUUUGGAAUGUAAAGCAGCUGCUUCAUGGCUUUCUCCACUCCUGGCUUUCCCUCUCAGGCUCCCUAAGGAAACUCCCCCACAACUGAGCUUAGUAAAGAGCAGCAGAGGUUGAGCUCCUGUUCCCUGCAAGUGCCACAUUCCCUCCAGGCGUGUGUCUCUGGAGCUGGAGCCUGGCUCACAGCCUUUCUGCCCUUGUCUUAAACACUUGUAAAAUAUCACUUUAAUUAUAGCAGUUUGCAAUAACCCCUCCCCGCCAAA